UUUUUAUAGUUUUAAUCGAUCUGCAGUCAGCAAGCAUCAUCGAAAUGAUAUGAACCAACAAACCACCAACGCUAUCUAUCUAUGUGUUUGUAUCAUAUACGGUCGUGAAGUGUAGUGGAAUAAUUUUACUGAGGACGAGGACGAUGUUCACCUGAGUUUGAAUCACUAUGUCAAAGAAAUCAAGCAAAACAAUGGGAUUGCUCAAUCUAGUGGACUUUAGUUUUUUGGAACUAAAGGUUGAGCUCAAUUCCAUUCUGAAGGUAAAAAGUCGUCAACAGCUAAGUUUUGUCGAGAACGAGCCCGACUUCUGGAAAUUUGUAAAGAAAUAUGAGUGCAUGUUGCGUAGUAUGGGCCAGACAGUUCUUGCGCAAGUUUUGCCAGAGCAAGAGCUUGUAAGAUCACAGCCAUAUCACAGGAGCAAGCACCUGGCUAUUCAACUGGAUGAGUGUGCCCUGCGCCAAGAACAAGACAACAUUAGCGAGGUGAAGGCGCAAUUGCAGCAGCUACUGCUUAUCUACCUUGACUUUAAACAAAAAGAAAAGUUUAAACGUAUUAAGAAACUGCGCCAAGCGCAGCGAAAUUUACCAAUUGCCCGCUUCAAGGGUGAUUUGCGUACGGCAAUGGGCUCGUCCCGUGUGGUCAUUAUCGCGGGCGACACAGGAUGUGGAAAGUCCACACAAGUUCCGCAAUUCCUCUAUGAUUUUGGCUAUCGCAGCAUAGCGUGUACGCAACCGCGCCGCUUGGCAUGCGUAUCGCUGUCAAAGCGAGUGGCUCAUGAACUGCUGGAAGACUUCGGCAGCAAGGUGGGCUUCCAGAUUCGGUUCGAACGAAGGAAAACACAGCACACGAACAUCCUGUUCAUCACGGAAGGUCUGUUACUUCGCCAACUUGCGAUUUCUUCUAACUUAGAUGAUUAUGACGUGCUCAUUCUGGACGAGAUACACGAGCGGAAUCUCUUUGGUGACUUCCUGCUAGGUGUGAGCAAAUGCCUGUUACGGAACAAGCCGCAACUAAAACUAGUCCUUAUGUCGGCCACCAUCAAUGUGGAACUGUUCCAAUGUUACUUUAAAGAGGAGGGAGCACGAUUGGUGCAGGUGCCGGGACGCUUGUUUCCCAUAAAAUUGCGCUACAUGCCAUCCCCAGCGAUAGAGCUGACAGCCGGCCAAGCCACGGCGAGGUCUAAUCGUUCGAAGGGAACGCGUAUCGACCCAGCUCCAUUCGUGCAAGUUCUUAACCUGAUCGACCAGCAAUAUCCCCCCACGGAGCGCGGUGAUGUGCUCAUCUUUGUUAGCGGCGUUAGCGAGAUCGACACCGUUUGCGAGGCUAUACAGGAGUACGCCACCCACCAAACGCACUGGCUCGUCCUGCCACUUCACAGCGGACUGGCACUGGCCGAGCAAGACAAGGUGUUCGAUUAUGCACCCGAAGGCACGCGCAAGUGCAUAGUAUCCACGAAUAUUUCCGAAACUUCAUUGACUGUGGACGGUGUGCGGUUUGUAGUCGAUUCGGGAAAGGUCAAAGAGAUGAGCUACGAUGCAGCGUGUAAGGGACAACGCCUGAAAGAGUUCUGGGUGUCCAAAUCUUCGGCAGAACAGCGCAAGGGUCGCGCAGGUCGCACAGGGCCAGGUUUCUGUUUUCGCCUCUACACCCAGCAGCAGUUUGAUGCAUUCGAGCCAUAUCCUGCUCCAGAAAUCUACCGCGUCCCUCUGGACAAUAUGUUGCUGCAAAUGGUAUCCAUGGGACUGCCUGACGUCAGAGCCUUUCCCUUCAUUGAGCCUCCGGAAUCAGAGCGCAUCGAACAGACAAUUCUAGCACUAAAGCAGCAUGGUGCCAUUAGCAUUGAGGAGAAGAUCACCCCAUUGGGCAGAUCGUUGAGCAACCUGCCAGUGGAACUAUCCAUUGGCAAAAUGCUCCUAAUGGGCUGCGUUUUCCCAGAGGUGGAUCAGCUAUUGACGCUGGCCGCCAUGCUUAGCGUGCAAAAUCCGCUUACCAGCCGUGCUUACACGGACCCGCGCUGCGAACGGGAACGUCAGCAUCUAGAAUCCGCUCAGGGAGAUCUCUUCACUCUGAUGAGCGCCUACCGCGAGUGGCUGCAGUUGAAAAUGGUCCGGGAUAACACCAGGAAAUGGUGCCAUCGUCUAGGCAUUGAGGAACAACGUUUCUACGAGGUAAGCAAGCUGCGUCAGCAGUUCCAGCGUAUCUUGGAGAGUUGUCGCAUGGCUCCCUCCAGCACUUCUGGCCCGCUGACUAGUGCUGAAAGAUCCAGACGCCACGGUGAAGUGCGUCAACUAAAGACCCUCAAGCGGCGCCAUCGGUUUGAGCAUCCCCGACACCCCAAACUACUCAAGCACCAGCAUAGCGGGGGACAAUAUGACGAGAUGGAUGAGAGCUGCGAGGACAUGCGUGACGUAGACUUUCGACUGUGUCACGAUGCCCGCCAGCUCGCACUACUUGAGCGCUCGUCACGUCUGGACCUCAAUGGGGAUCUGAUUUUGCUGAAGUUGCUACUGGUAAGCGGCUUCUACCCACAGCUGGCUAUCGGUGAUGUGUUCAACUACUGCAAGGGAGGCGGGCAACAGUUCUUUCAUAGCCGACUAAAGCCAUUCCUCUCUUUGCAUCCGAACUCCCACUUUGCCAAGUACUACGACUACCUUAGGCUCGCUGAAAGUGACCUAAUAUCGAAGCCGGACUACUACACACCAAAGCAUCCGCUCAGUGAGCGCCAUCAGCUGCUGUGCUAUCAGUCACUACUUGAGACUGCGAAGCCAUACCUGAUGAGCUGCAUUCGUCUGCCAGUGGCCCACACACUUCUCCUAUUUGGCUUCGCGAUCGAUACGAACGCAGGUUUGACACAGAUGGUCUUCGACGAGUGGCUCUGUCUGGAUUUCCCUGUGCCUGGUAGUGGGAUGAAGCUGCUCUGCCGAUCCAUCAAACUGCGGCGCCGUUGGAGCAGCCUGCUGUAUAACAAGCUUGAUGAGCUCAACAUUAGCGACACAGCUUCAGCUGUUACUAACAAAAAUAUCACAUUUUGGCACGAUCUUAUCGACUUCAUGAGACUGGAUGUGCCGUACGCCGUUAGUCGACUGCUGCCAGCUGAUCUCAAGAGGCUCUACACACACCAAACAUCAAUACCGCGCCUUGAAGAGCUACAGGAAAAUCCCUUUGCCAUCGACUAUCCUCUGAGUCCCAACAUGGCCAAGGGCGGCAUCAACGUUUCUGAAAACGUCGUGUACGGCUGUCUCGUGGACCAGCCGUGGACACUGGCUAUGCAAGCGGCACUCCUGGCACGGGCCUGGCAGUGCCCAAAAUGCGACUUUAAGAUGAACAAGUUUGAUGUGCUCGAACAGCUAGUGCAUCGUCUACAGUGCAAGGAGGAGCAGAGACGUCGUAAGCUAGCCAGCCCAGUACAGGAACAACAGUCACCCAAAGCUUCUAACGGACACUACUUUUGUGAGAGCUGCAAACGCCAUUUGAGUAUUUUCCCAAUCGACAUUCUACGACAUCGACGACAGUGUGUGAAAGACAAAAAGUAGUGUCGUACGAGAUAGAGAAAUACUUUUCCUACGAUUAUUCAGCCUUUACGGCGACCAGUAAAUAUCUAUUUAUUUACAUUAGCAAUUACGUAAAUCCAAAAAACAGUAAAAAUCCGAUUCUUAGCAACUGAUGCCGCGCUGUUAGCGAACAGUUCACAAACAUUAAAGUUGUUCCUAAAUGAGCAUCAAAAACCAAACUAUAUACAGUGAUGGAAAAAAUAAUAGAAACGGCAUGCGCAUUCAAAUUUGAAACCAAAUAUUUCAUUUUUGGAGCAAAUUUUUUGAAUAAAAACAACUGUGCUUAGUGUCAGGA